CUUUAAUACUUUUGAAAGUACAAGAUGAAAAGACACAUCAGGAUCUUUUGCAAUAACAAAAUUAUUCGCAAUAUGGCGGAAGAUGGGCUUAUUAUGCGAUCAUGGAAGGUGUAUUUGAAGUCAAUGGAUUCAUAUUAUGCAUUGAGCGACUAUAUCGACCAUGUUGAGUAUUUACUUCAUCCUUCGUUUAAAACGCCGCAUAUAGUGUGUACACAAGAGCCCUAUAUAAUAGAGCAGGAAGGUUGGGGAGAAUUUGAUUUGACAAUCAGGUUGCAUUUUAAGGAUCCAAGUUUAUCCUCACAAACUAUUGUGUUUGAUCUUCAUUUCAGAAAACCUAAAUAUGUUGUCCAAAAGACAUUGGACAUACCAGUUCUAGAAGAGUCUAUUCGAUCUAGAAGAAGCUCUUCUGCUACCUCUAUUUCAACAAUGGUCAAGACGCCCACCAAUUGUUAUGAGGAUCACUUUUUAUCCCUGUCGGUAUUAUAUCAGGAUUUACAAAAACAACAACAAGAACAAGUCAAUUGUAGAUCACCUCACAUGUUGUACAAUCAGGUCUUUUGGAAUAACCUAUCACAUUUAGGGCAUUUGCUAGAAUCACUCAACGAUGAUGAUUUACGCAAGUUUUAUCAACUUUUAUCAGAAUGGGAAGAUAUAAGUCAUUUAGGUAUUAUUGAAACUGAAGGCAAGUAUAUAGAUGUACAUAUAAACAUACAGAACUAA